GUGUCCUGCACUAUACCUCUGAUAUUAGAAGUAUUUCAAAUAUGAAAACUUCUUCGAAUAUAGAAUAUAUUUCAGAUAUAGAGUUAAACUUUGAUUCUGAACAUGCGACUGGUACUGAUUUUCAAA